AUGUCGUGCAUCGCUCCCUUUGCACGGUCGUGCGCUCGCUCUGCCUGGCUAUCGCGAACCAGCCCCUCGGCCAGGCUGUCCCUGCAUCAUCGCGCCUCGCUUGCAUCUUCGCUUCCCGCCGGUUCCCGCCCGCCCUCGACAUGGGCUGCUGGCCUCCCCGUCUGCCUCGCCAGGCGAAGCUCCCACUCGCCCAUGGGCGCCGCGCCAGCCAAUCGCCGAAAGAAGGUCACCCUGGGCACGUUGGCCAGUCUCUACAGCAAGGGCGAGCCCAUCACCGUGAUUACCGCGCACGACUUCCCCAGCGCCCACGUUGCCGACCACGCCGGCGUCGACGUCGUCCUCGUCGGCGAUAGCUUAGCCAUGGUCGCCUUGGGCAUGGAAGACACCAGCGAGGUCUUGGUCGAGGAGAUGCUGCUGCACUGCCGGUCGGUGGCGAGGGCGACCAAGAGCGCUUUCACUGUCGGCGAUCUUCCCAUGGGCUCGUACGAGAUUGCUCCGGAGCAAGGACUCGCCACGGCCAUUCGCUUCGUCAAGGAGGGCCGUGUCCAGGGCGUCAAGCUGGAGGGUGGCCGGGACAUGGCACCUACCAUCCGCAAGAUCACCGCCGCAGGCAUUCCUGUCCUCGGCCACGUCGGCCUCACUCCUCAGCGGCAGAAUGCCCUGGGCGGAUUCCGCGUGCAGGGCAAGACUUGCCGUGACGCCGUGGCGGUCCUCCAAGACGCCUUGGCUGUGCAGGAAGCCGGCUGCUUCGCCGUCGUCAUCGAGGCCGUCCCCGCCGGGGUGGCUGCUUUGCUGACGGACAAGCUGUCCGUUCCCACCAUCGGGAUCGGCGCCGGCGCCGGCUGCUCGGGGCAAGUCCUCGUCCAGACGGACAUGACGGGCAACUUCCCCCCCGGGAGGUACCUGCCCAAGUUUGUCAAGAAGUACGGCGACGUCUGGGGCGAGGCAAUAAAGGCCAUUGAGGCGUACCGGGAAGACGUCAAGAACCGGGCCUAUCCUGCCCCAGAACACACCUAUCCGAUGCCGCAGGACGAGUUUGAUGCGUUUGAGAAGGCUGUCAAAGAGAUAUGA